AUGAGAUCAUCAUCUACACGCUUCGUAUUCGUUACUUUGGCCGUUGUGGUCCUCGUCAUGAUGAUGACCAUGAUAGACACCACUCAAGGUUUGAAAUUGAAAGUUGGAAAUAUUGGUAAGGCCAUUGGUAAGGUCGUUAAAGAAGUUGAAAAAGACGCUGGAAAGGUUAUUAAGGAAGCUGAGAAGGUCGUCUUGAAGGGAUUGAAGGCCUUAGAGAGCGUUGGAGCCUCCUGUAAAUAUUCCAACACACCAGGAGAGAAGAGAUUUGAAUGCGAUGUUGGCUUUAAGCAAAAGUUGUUGAACAAACUCCAUCUCAACGCUGCUGUAUGGCUUGAUUUCAAUAUUGAUCAAAUGAAGAUUGAUGUCGGUGUUCAGGUUGGAGGAAAGACUCUCCUUCACAAGAGCAUGGGACUUCACAUUCCAUCACUUUGCGUCGAUGUGAUUCCAGAAGUUGGUUUGUGUUUGAAGUUUGAGCACUUUGCUGCCGAUGCAAAGAAGGAUUGCUUGAGCGGACAUUUGGAUUUGUACUUUGAGGCUUUGGGAGAGAAAUUGAAAGUCUUUGAUCAAGCUGUUGGUUUCCAUGCCGACAAAGGAACCCUCGCUGCAGAGGACUCGGUUGUUUAUUCCCUAGUAGUUACUCCAGAGAAAGAACUGGGUGUCACCUACACCUCCACAGGCAUUGUGAAUGUUGUGGUAAGCUGGCCUUCUCUCCAAAGCUCCACUUCUCCUAUUGCCUACGAACAAGAAACUCUCAAUGCAUCCAUUCCAUUCAUUCGGAAAGCAGUUCAAACCACUGAAUACAAUGUGACCAUUCGUGGCGGUUUGAAUAAUGGAGGAGUGAAUUCCACCUAUACCCUCAAAAUUUCAAAUGCCCUCCCAGAAUUGGAAGCUUGGGCGUAUGUAGUCAUUGUGAUUGGAGUUUUGAUUGGGGUUCUGCUGUUGAUAGGUGUAUUUUGGGGAGUCUUGUUCUUGGUAAUUAAGAUUCUUGAGCAUCAUAUCAAUCAGGACAAUGUCCAUUCGAAAGGUUCAAUUAAAGAAGAAGCGAGUGUGUCAUCUUUACAACAAUCAGGACAACUCUCAUCAUAUGAAAUGAAAGAAUGUGCAACAACAGCCACCUCACAACAUCAACAUGGACCUUUUUGGGAACCCACUAGAAAUGAAGAAGAAGAAGAACAACCGACUGGCAAUAUUUGA